GUAGCCAAGGCUACAGUUCUGUUUUGAUUUGUGCAAUGGAGCAAAUAUAGUGUGACUAAUGCUUUAAUAUCUUCUUAGUGGCUUUGGGGAGUGGAUCCAAAUUGUGGGCUGAAGGCUUUGCAUUCGUGCGUCUGGCACACGACCGGUGCAUUGACCGGUGCAUUAAACUGAAAAUCCCUUCUCGGAGAAGAAAAGCUGAUGCGACAGAGUGAGUGCAGGAUCAUACGCGGGCGGUACUGUAUGUCAACGCCAGAUAUGACCCCAGCGAAGCUGCAAAGGCGGUGGGAAGACAAGGGAGUUGACUCAACGAAUCAAGUGGCAGAAGAAUGCAAUCAUAGUGGAUGUAAACUAGUCGACAACUUUCUUUGCAACCUUGCUGCAAAUUUCUCAACAUUGCGCAUUUGGCUACGACCUGCAAGGCAGACAGUCCUAGAUAUUUCGUCUGUUUAAAUUAGUUGAUUAAAGCAACAGUAUUGUCUAUUUAGUUGCUGUUUUGAAACCCAUGCAAUUAUUUCAUAAUUCACAUGAUUUCCACUUUUAUCAAUAGGGCUAUUGAGCUCUCAUUUGUACUGCGGCCGGUAGCACUUGCACGCCUUGCCAAAAUAAUGUGAGCAUUUGGAUUGUAUUUCACAAAAAAAGGGAAACGUGUCGCUGUAAUGAAGUGAAUAUGAACAUUUCGAAUAGUCUGCAAUGGUAACCGGGGAAUGUGGAACAACCAUGCAUCGAAUUCUGCGGAGGAGAAAAGUGCGCAAACUUCGCUUCGUCUGGGCAUUCAUGGCCAUGGUGGCUCUGUCGCUCUCCGCCUGCAGCGCACUGUUUACGGCGUGGACCUGGAGACAGACGCGGGACCUGUCCCAGUCAUUAAAAACUCUGCAAGACCGAUUGGAGCAGGUGAAUACUCAGCGGAAGGCCAUUGUCCAACUCAUCAUGGAGAAGAGAGAUUUGCUGGUGGGCCAAAGGGUGAAGAGAGAUGAGGGAACUGGGAAAGGGAAGAAUGGACAUGGAAAGAAAGUGGCUUCUCAGUUUGAGAUAACCAAAGAGUCUGUUCAGAAAGUGGGAGAGGACGGCUUGAUAAAAGGAUGGACGGACUCCGAGCACUUGAAUAUGAGCAAGGCGGUGAAGUACAACGCAGACAGAGGCAUCUUUACAGUGGAGAAAACGGGAGUCUACUUCCUGUACUGUCAGGUGUUGUUCAAUGAGAACCAGUCUCAGCUGGUGAAGCUGGACGUGGCGGUGGUGAGGGGGAGCCAGCGGCUUCAGAGGUUACAGUGCAUGGAGGGCUAUGGGACUACGCCUGCAGCCGGAUCACACCAGUUCCACUUCCUCAAACCCUGCCAGGUGUCCGGCCUGCUGCGGCUGGAGAAGGGGGUGGAGCUAAAAGCCAUCACAGGCCCCGCUUUCAACCUCCACAUCACGGGAAAGCAUUACUUCGGUCUCUUUAAGGUCAACUGAGCUACCGGAGAGGAUGGACAUUUUAAAAGGAAGGAGAAACCUGUUUUAAAGGAAGUGUUUUGUCUUACUCCGACCUGUAUCAAAGAGACACACCAAUGUGAUAUUUACGGAAUCGUUUUUAUUGUGAAAUCUGGACCAACGAUCUGAAUCAUGUUACCUACAGACACUCUGUAUGAUACCUUUUCAAAGACAGAAACUAUAAGGAAGACUUAAAGUGAAUCUAUAUUAUGCACUUCUAGACUCUCCAAGAGUUUCUACCCCUGCUUCUUUGAAGAUUUAAAACUAAUGGAAUAUUCUCUGGAUCAGUUGAUGGAUCUCUUUUGGAGCACAACACAUCCACCUGACUUUUCUUUCACCGUGACUUGGCCUGACGACAGCAGGUGCACCUCUCUGAGGAGCUAAGCUGGUGGACUACUGAAUGAGAAGGAUUUUGGAUAAUGAGCUCUACAACUCUUGUCUCUUUUCCAUUGUAAUCCUAGCUUAGGUUAUUUCAGUAGCUUGGAGAUAAUAUAAGCAGCCCCCCCCUUCAGAACAGCCUCAGUUCGUCAGGGCAUGAACUAUACAAUGUGUCAAAAGUGUUCCACAUGGAUGUUGGCCCAUGUUGACUCCAAUGCUUCCCACAGUUGUGUCAAGUUGGCUGGAUAUCGUGAGGGUGGUGGACCGUUCUUGAUACACAUAAGAAUGUGUUGAGCGUGAAAAACCCAGAAGCGUUUCAGUUCUUGGCACCUACUACCAUACCCUGUUCAAAGGCACGUAAAUCUAUUGUCUUGCCCGUUCACCCUCUGCAUGGCGCACAUACACAAUUCAUGUCUCAAUUGUCUCAAAGCUUAAAAAUCUUUCUUUAACCUGUCUCCUACCCUUCACCCCUUCAUCUACACUGGUUGAAGUGGAUUUAACAUGUGACAUCAAUAAGGGUAGGGAUCAUAGCUUUUUUAUGUCAUGGAAGGAGCAGGUGUUCUUAAUGUUUUGUACACUCAGUGUAUAUCAUCUUACCAAAAGUAUGCAUCUCAAUCUGUUAACAUUAUAGGCCUAUCAUAUAUACAUUUCAGAUGCAAAUAUUGUUCUGUUCACAUUCAACUAAACAGCGAUGCGCACCUCGGCUCAAGCCUAAAAAAAACCUUCAAAAGUCCAUUAUAGUGCACUGCGCUAUGAGACGCAUUGGAUUGAACCCUGACCUGUAUGUGAAAAUAAGGGUCAACCUGUGGAGAUAUUUCAUGGUGGAAAUAGAAAUGAUUUUGUAUAUUGUAUUCACAAUACUUGUACUCAUUCCAAAGCGCUCUUACAUGCCAUUUGCAGCAGUAUGUUUUGAACACAGACAUUACAAACAAAGUAUUUCUAUCAGGUGGUUUGGUUUAAUGUUUUACCACUCCUACUCUGGUUUAUAAGUAGUAUGUGGGAGACCACAUUGGUUUCUGCUCAGCAAGUUCCACACGUGCACGUAUGCACACACACACAGCAAAAGUUAAGUUAUUCUGGUUUCCAGCUCUAAAUGUCAUUUCUCAUCAUUAGAUCAAAAGUGUAAAAUGUGGUAUUGUAAUGUAUACAUAGUUCUUGUUUGAUUUCCUAAUCCUUCUCCACUUCCCUUUUGUGUUUACCCCCCCUUUGCACCUCCCCACACACACACACACACACACACACACACACACACACACACACACACACACACACACACACACACACACACACACACACACACACACACACACACACACACACACACACACACACACACACACACACACACAGCUCUUCAACUCUCACUUCCUGAUUGCGAUCUUGAACCAAAUAGCUGAAUGCUUUUGAUGAAAAACAUGCCGGGCACUUCCCUCCCCAAUUCCUUUUAUUUGAAAUGUCAAAGUUUAUUGCCACUUUAAAAAGCCUUAUUUUGCACAAAGAGGCCUUUCGCUGAGAAGUCUAACAAGUAGGGCAAGGUUGAAGAACCAGUGAGGGGAUAUUGUGUGUAUACAUGUUUGCGAAAUUAUGUCUGCAACGCUGGUUGUUGUUCUAAACUCACUUCCUAUAAAAAUGUUAACCUUUAAAACGUUUUUCCGUUUAAAUAUCUCCUUGAAGCAACAGGAAAUGUAACUAUUAUGUGGAUUAUAAUUAAAAUACAUUUUUUUGUAGGGUUUGAUACAUUUUUCUGAAGGAAAAAUCAAGUCUGGAAAAAUCAAGUCUGAAAUUUCAAAGUGGAAAUUACAAACUUCAAAAGCCUUUUUAAACCUCAAAUACACCACAAGUUUUAAAUGUCCUGAAUUGCAGGAAAAUACUCCUGCAACAGGGCGAUCAAAUUAAAAUCCAACAUAUGUACUAUGAUACAGUAAGGGUCACAAAACAUGACACAAAACAAAUAAAUCAUCUUCUUGUCAUCUUCUAACCCCAUUCUUCCCUCGAUGACAUCACUGUGUUGCUGAAUAGAACGCGUGGAAUCCUGCUCUAUUCUAGUUCUUUAAUCAUGACUCACACACUACUGUGUACUCAGUCGUCACCACCUGUGAUUCAUAGAUCUGUAGCUUUUCAAGGUCUCGACUCAGUGCAACACAGUGCAGACAGACUGGGAUGACCUCAUGUGGGGGCUGGAGGAGAGGACUCAGUCACAACUGAUCUGCGUCACGUUAUAUCCUGUAGCAUCCCUAUGCUUCCUAUCCUAUUAGUAUCCUGUAGCACGGUAUAGUAUCCUGUAGCACGGUAUAGUAUCCUAUAGUAGAUUUUUACCCAUGAUCACUGAAUCAGCGUGUGUGUGUGUGUUUUCCUUACUGCUGCUAUUCCAGCAUCCAUUCACAUUUAUCUUUAUUUUUAAAUGUGUUUAUUUUUAUUACAAACAAAUCCCCAAAUAAAAGACAAAGAGAUGCAUUAUUAUUGUGGCAUCAUUGCCACUCAUCGUUUCAUCGAUCGGCAUCACAACAACGUACACAGUAACACAAGAUAUCAAGAAAUGAAAAACAAAACAGAAUCUGAAAAAAAAGCAAGAAAAUUAGAAAAGAAGUGCUUGAUUUGACAGUAUACAGUAUACAUUCUAGUGACGGGGUUGCAAAACACUUCCUGCGAAACGUAAUCAGUGAAAUGUUGUUUAGACUCUUCAACUUGGAACACCACUGUGGAGUAUCCAGGGUGCUAGCUAAAUAAAUUAAAUGUUUCUACUUUAAUUAUUUGAAAUAAGUCCAGGGAACUAACUAAAAGUAGACUAUUUCAACUAGCAUAUAUAGAGUUUACAUCUCCUGAUCUAUUCAGGUUUAACACACUUAAUUCAGACAUAACUUUCUUUACAGUUAUUUCAGCUAUGUUAUGUUUAAGGCGUAUUUGUGGAUACAGUAUAUAAAAUUGACUCGAUUCAACUGACAGCCUCUGAGUUUCCAGAGAAUAAUUAAUUUAUGUACGUUAACUGUUAAGAUAGUACACGGUUUCAUUUUGUCUUAACGCAUUUAGGGUUACAUAUGUAAUCUAUUAUAAAGGUUAUUUGCAAGCCCCAAAUCUAGAAUGUCAUUUUUUUGUUGUAUUAUAUCAAUUUACGAAGUUCAAAGGUCAACCUCUGUUUGCUUUCUGUUCUAACUAUAAGAUGUCAGAUGCAGCAUAAGAAGUGCACCAAAUCAUAAGAUUUUAUCGUUUUCUCAAUUUCUCAUUUGGUAAAAGCUCUUUUUUCAAUAGUAACAGCAAAGACAACAGCAACGUCGACGACAACAAUAAUAAUCAUAGUCGUAGUAAGUUAACAAGAGUAAAAACACAAGAGAACACGAAUGAGCCAAGUUUAAAUAUGCAAAGAAUAUCACAGAAUUCGUAGAAAGAAGUAGAAACUCGAAAAAACAAACAA